CGGAGACCCGCAGCGCGCAUGCUCCCGGCGCAGCGCCCCCGACUCGGCGCUCGGCUCGGCUCGGGCAUUUCCGCCUCUUUGUUUUAAACUCCGGACGGGGUUUUUCCUCCGGCUCCGGGGGGGACCCGGAGGGAGCGGCGCCCCCUCCCCCCGCCGGCGCGGCCCCCGCGUGCGCCCAGCUCGCCCGCAGCCCAGACGGCAGGCAUCAAAAUGUAGCAGGCAAUUCCAGGCUGCCAUGUACAGAAAAUGGACACAGUGCCCAGGACAGAAGGAAGGCACAGAUGUGCAAAGCAGAGGGCACCAGCUGAGAAGGAGCCAUAAGGUCGAGACAGAGGCCUGACAUCCAAUGCAAAGGUGCAAGCAGGGAGCAGCGGACAUAUAAAGGAGAAGCCAAAGAUGUUGACCAGAAAGAUCAAACUCUGGGACAUAAACGCCCACAUCACUUGCCGCCUCUGCAGCGGGUAUCUCAUUGAUGCCACCACAGUCACCGAGUGUCUACAUACCUUCUGUCGGAGCUGCCUGGUCAAGUACCUGGAGGAGAAUAACACGUGUCCCACCUGCCGCAUUGUCAUCCACCAGAGCCACCCGCUGCAGUACAUUGGUCAUGACAGAACCAUGCAAGAUAUUGUUUACAAACUGGUUCCAGGCCUCCAAGAAGCGGAGAUGAGAAAGCAGAGGGAGUUCUACCACAAGCUGGGCUUGGAAGUGCCUGGAGACCUGAAGGGGGAGAUGUGCUCUGCGAAGCAGCACCUGGAUUCCCAUCGGAACGGUGAAACCAAAGCAGAUGAUAGUUCCAACAAAGAAGCCGCAGAGGAGAAGCAGGAAGAAGACAAUGACUAUCAUAGAAGUGAUGAGCAGGUGAGCAUCUGUCUGGAAUGCAAUAGCAGCAAACUUCGGGGUUUGAAACGGAAAUGGAUCCGCUGCUCAGCCCAAGCAACCGUCCUACAUCUAAAGAAAUUCAUCGCCAAAAAGCUCAACCUUUCAUCUUUCAAUGAGCUGGACAUUCUGUGCAAUGAGGAGAUCCUGGGCAAGGACCACACCCUCAAGUUUGUGGUCGUCACCAGGUGGAGAUUCAAGAAGGCACCGCUUCUGCUGCACUACAGACCCAAGAUGGACCUGCUGUGAGCGGCCGGCGGCCCCGCACACGGCCUUGCACCCGUGUGAGUGAGCGAGCAAGCAGGCGUGUGGCCGGGCAGGACCACGCCACGCUUGAGAACGUUGCCUCUGGGUGUCACGUGGACCGCAUUUCUGAAUAGAGAAUAUUUAUAACUUUUGUAUGAGAGAAUUCACACUCGACAAGACACUACCAGCACCGCGCUCCACGGUGGGAAACACUUCACAGCCUCACGCAGCUGACCGCGCUCACCCCUUGCUUCCGUCCGAGACCAGAGUCCCGUGCAGUGGUGACCUGCCCUCACAUAACCUUUGCUUGCUUUCCAGGUCUGGAGAUCUCGGUCUUUUCUGUUAGUUUAUGAAUUAGGUUUCAUGAUAAGCCUUGAAAAUUCUUGUACGUUUUUUGAAUCCUUCCUAAGUUAUUGAGAAAUUAUCUUUCUUGGUGAAUGAUAUUUAUGUUGCCUUUAGCAUCCUGAAGAUUUAGAAUAUAUAUAAAAUUUAAUUUAAAAACAGACCAAAAGAGGGUUCCAUUAAUCUUAGGAGUUAACCUUGAUGUUGGAUUUUCCGUAUUACAAGGCAUAGCAGAGAUGACGCUCCCCCAACUCACCUUCGCCAUGUGGCCUUCCCGGGGCAGGGAGCCCCGUGCUCUCCUGGACUCAGCUGCAGACACACCCAGCCGGGCAGCUGGAGGCAGCGCAACCAGUUGGCGCCAGUGUGCAAAACAGUCCUUGUUCUCCAAGUCCCUCCCCAGGUGGUCUGCGGGGCCCCUGGUGGGAUGACCUGAGCCGCCUCAGCCAGCACCGAGGCAGUUGUUCCUCGGGGAGGGCCUUCUUGGGAAGACGUGGGCAAGGACAGGAGUGAGUCUGGAGCCGCCUGCCUGCCGGCCCCGUGUUCAGACACUGCGGGCAGCAGGGCCCCAGCUCCUCCCCCACCCGCCUUUUCACCCCACAGGGUCCCUCAGGGGGCCUACGGGUUAUGUUUUCUUGGAGUAUUUCACUUUAGUGACCGGAAUCUUUCCUUGAAUUUGCUUUGAAAGUUAUGGUUGGGCUCGUCAACUUUUAAUUUUGUUUGGUUUUUCUCUUCCUGUUUUGUUUACAAAAAAGUAUCAGAAGCAGCUGCUAAUGUGAUCUUAUCUUAAUGAUCAGAAAAACAAAGUAUUUCAACCCAAGUGAUAUUAAUAUAAGGCCUUUUGAAAAUAAGAACAAAUUAUUUGCCAGGAUUGGAUCAAAAUCCCCCUCUUUAUUUAAACUCCCAGUACUGUUUGGAUUUUUCAGUUACCUAAGCUUGCUAUUCAUCCAAAUCAUUUUUUAGAGUUCCUAUACAAGGGUUUAAAGAGUAGAUGUGUGAGUAAAUACUACCUGUCUACCUCAGAAUAAACAUUACUGCUGAAGCGUUCCACAGACCACAUGUUGACAGUCGUUGGUGCCAUUAGAAUUUAGGUAUUUUCCUGUGUGGCAAAAGGAAGGAAGGGUUCAACAGUAUGAGCAUCCAAAUUCAAACAGAAUCAAUUCACAAUUCAGAUUUAACUUAAUAUUGAGGCAAUAGUCCCAUACUCUGUAUUUGUAACUUUGUAGCUCUCUUUGAAAUCACUUGAAUUUGCUAUGGUGCUAAGUUGAUCUGUUUAAACACGGAGAUGGCAGCGAUCAGUCGGAGCCUGUCACUCCUCCAGCUGCCCACUGACUUCUCCAACCCGCUUUUGUAACCGUGUGAACCUGACGAAACCUCAGCAGCUAAAGUACCUAUUUUUCUAAGAGUUCAUCCUGCAGAGGGCGCCCUCCUGCCUCUUUGGUCCGACUGCAGCCUUACCCAGAUACGCCAGCCUGCGUCCGAGGGAAACACCCUUGCAAGCUUUCAUUUCACACCAAAAGGCUGAAUGUUUUUCCCAGCAUGAAAACAAGAAUCACUGAGUGAUUUGGCUCCUACGAAGUGAUUUUUAGCAGAUGGAGUUACUGUGAAGUCGUUUUCAUGCCUGUUGAUGCUGGUGAAACAAUGCUGGUCACUACCUUUCCGGAAGCACCUUUGACCGAAGCGGGGCCGGCCGCCCCACUCACGGUCUCACUAGAUGCCAUUUUCACAAGCAUAGAAAAUUCAAAUAGAAUAUAUAAUAUUGAAUUUAAGAUUUGGGGGGUUAAAAAAAAGAAAACUUUAUAAGAUUAUUUAUUCUAUUUUAAGCCUUCUAUCAUAUUUUCCCAUCCAGUUGUUUGGUUUCAGUGGUCCAGCUUUAUUUACAGGCAUAUAAAAUGAAAUUGUGAGAUGUUUUGCAAGCUUCUUUUUCUUUGUACGUGUGUGUUUUGACGGAUGAAGAGCAUUUAGUAUGCUUUUGUGCAAUCUGCUCCAACUUCAUUUCUUAGACAUGUUUGAAUUAUGAUGUAGCAUCUAUUCUGCUAAGUUAAAAGGGAAUAUAGGUGGAACUUCAAAACUUUUGGUUUUUGCUUUUCAUUGCUACUGUGAGGAGAACGUUGUGGGCACUGCCCUGUGCAAGGCUGCCAGCUGCGGGAGGCCGCUGAGCAGGAUGGCUGCCCGGCUCCAGGCUCCUGCCUCAGCCACAGACAUGAUGGUGCUACUGUGGGCAUUCAGAGUCUUUAGAAAUUUCCUUUUUUUUUUUU